AUCACAGAGGAGUGGACGUUGCUCAUACUGCUGUGCAUUACCGCAGAGGGCGCUGUAUUCAACGCCACUCGACACAACAAAACCCUCGUAGUCAAGCGGUCCGUUGGCGGUUAGAAGGCGACUCGGAGCGGGACCCUUAAAAACACCACAUCGAGUUCUCUGGUCAGCUCCGGGGUGACACUUUAACGCUAUAUUGGGCUGUAGCCUAUAUCUUAUUUCCUUGAUUGGGAGUAACGUUACAUUGGUAACGUUAGUCUGUUUAAAACGAUGUACUAGACUGGUGCUCGGUCGGGAUAUGGUUGUGGUUGUCAUUGCUGCAAACUAACGUUAAAGUAUCACAUAUCGCGAUGUCCCUUAACUCGAUUAACACAUUUCUCUAAUCUCACUAAGAUAGCUACAGUUACUGGCUCACUCGCAUUGUUAGUUAACGUUUACGAGCAUAAAACAAGAGGAUCAAAACACUACAGUAUGCCUCACAAGAAGCAACAGCUGAGGCCGACAGCAGCCAACGUCUCAAGCUCCCUGGACCUGGAAUCGGAGGACAUCAGCCUGGAGACAACCGUGCCUACCACCGAGGACAUCUCCUCGUCCGACGAGCAGCGGGACGGCUCCCAGAAGGUGACCCGCCAGCUGAUCGAGAGGAAGGAGCUACUGCACAAUGUCCAGCUGCUGAAAAUCGAGCUGUCUCAGAAAAACCUAAUCAUAGACAACAUGAAGGCCGACCAUAUGUCCAAGACUGAGGAGCUGGAGGAGAGGCUGAACGACGCUCUACAUCAGAAACAGGUUUUGGCCCUGAGACUGGAUAGCCACCUGAAACUCACCCAAGAGGAGAAUAGGAAGCAGCAAGCUCUGCGUAAGCAAGAGAUGGAGGCCAUCCUGCUCAGGCAGCAGCAGCUAGAGGAGACCAACCGGCAGCUGUGUGAGAAGGCUGGAGAGCUGCGGAGGUCGCUCCGGGAUCUGGACAUCUCCCAGGACAGGUACCAGGAGCUCCGCGACCUCCCUGAAGACAAAAUCUCCAUACAGGAAUAUGUUGCUAUGCGUUUCUACGAGGUGGUGACUCCUCUGCGGGCUCAGCUGGCUGAGCUCAGUGUGAAGAGAGGCAGUUUGACUGAAGACCUGGACACACACAGAACCCAAAUGAAGGCUUUGAUGGAGAGCUACGAGGAGGAGCGGCGGCUUCGUACUGAGCUGGAGUUUAGGAGCCAGAGAUUGACCCUAGAACUGGCCGAUACCAAACAGCAGAUCCAAGAAGGAGACUAUCGCCGAGACAACUACCCUGCCAUCAAACGUGAGCGUGACAACUUUGAGGCAGAACUAAAGGAGUUAAAGAGAAGAUUUGAGACACUCGACCUGACUCACACCGCAGUGACCAGAGAAAGGAACACACUCAACAAAGAGGUGGCGACAUUGCAGCAGUCAGUGACUCUCCUGCAGAAGGACAAGGAGUACCUACACCGGCAGAACAUGGAAAUGAGUGUCCGCUGUGCACAUGAAGAAGACCGCCUGGAGAGGCUCCAGGUACAAUUAGAAGACACUAAAAAGGCAAGAGAGGACGCCUAUGAAAAAUAUGUAGCAUCCAGAGACCGCUAUAAGUCAGAGUAUGAGACCAAGUUAAGAGACGAGUUGGAGAACAUUAGGCUGAAAACCAGUCAGGAGAUUGACAAUCUACAGAGAACCUCCAGGGAGAUGUAUGAGAGGGAGAACAGGAACUUGCGUGAGGCCCGAGACAAUGCGGUGCUCGAGAAGGACAGAGCAGUGGCUGCUGAGAGAGAGACCCAGUCCAGAUAUGACCAACUGUUGGAACAGUUUCGUCAGCUCCAGCUAGGUACUGACAGCCGGGUUGCAGAACUGUCCAACCAUGCCAAGCUGCACUCCUUCGAAGCUGAGCGCGCUCAGAUGGUCAAGGAAGAGACAGCUAAGGCCCUGGCCCAGUGCCAGUUGGAGUGUGAGAAACAGCAGAAGAAACUGGAGCUCCUGACCCAGGAGUUUUACAGGCUGCAGACAUCGUCAGAGAAGCGGUUGGCGGAGCUGCAUGCCCAGAAUGCCGAGCAGGCAUCUCGGCUGGAGACAUAUGAAAAGCUUGAGCUAGAGUUAGACCAAGUCACCAUGCAGGCUGCAGAAAUUGAGAAUGAAGAGGAGGCAGAGAGAGUUCUGUUCUCAUACGGCUACGGAGCCAAUGUUCCCACAACAGCCAAAAGAAGACUAAAACAGAGCGUUCACCUGGCCCGCAGGGUGCUGCAGCUCGAGAGGCAGAACACGUCACUGAGGAAAGAGCUGGAGAGACACAAAUCACAGACAGGACACAUAUCUGAAGAGUUGUUGACAGCCAACCAGCUGUUACAGCAGACGCAGCAGCCCUAUAGCUACCUGAUUGAGACGGUGAGACAAAGAGAUACCCAGAUCAGCACGCUGAAGGAGCGUCUUACCUCGCUUGAGGACGAUGUCAGUUCUCUGAGGAAAGAACGGACUGCACUGCAACAGGUGAAAAACAAUAUGGCUGCCGAUCUGGAGAGACUCCUCAACCAUCGAGAGGAGUUAGCGGUGAUGAAGCAGGUCCUGAUCAGCAUGCAGUCCAGACAGGGAGACGCUCUAAACCUGUUGAAAACAGAUUCAACUGCCAUCAGGACCUCUGGUGCAGGAAAACACCAGUCCAAACGUAUCGGCAGGACCACAGAAGAAGAGUCACCAAACAAACCCAAACCCACCGUGUUUACCAAUAAGGAAGUUCCUGAUUGGUACCAAAAGAAGAAACAGAAACCUAAAUGAGCAUGAUUUGCUGUUACUACUAGUGCUAUUAAUUGUCACUCAGGGCUUUAACAAUCUUAUUAUUUUAUUAAGGCUUUUCAAAUCUCAACAACUUUUGAAAUACAAAAGUAGAAACUGUUACUGGUGUCCGAGUGUUUUUUUGUUCUCAUCCUUGGUUACAUAUUGUUUAGAGUGGAUAAAUUCGCAGCAUACUGGUCCAAAACCAGAAGUAUUACCUUCCACAGGGUACACAUUCCAAGCCAACCGACUGCCCAAAAAUUCCUCUUUCUUGGCAGUGGUCUAUUUUAUUAGGUCUGUCUAUCAUUAUUUCCUCAUCUUUUCCAGGUUUGCAGAUACUGGUGGCUGAUAGACACAAGCAGAGGCUCCUUUGGGUUUAAAUAUAGACAUAGUAGGCAUACCUUUAUCAUUUCAGACCAUGUUCUUAUCGGUGUCAUAUUAAACUCGACCAGAAGACUGCUUUA